GAAUCCAAUAGGAACCCUAUUAAAUCCUGUUACCUAUCGCAAAAAUGGCUUGUUGCUGUCAGUCCUGCAAAAACAAAUCCUCAUCCAGCUGUCUCGGCCGGUGCGACAUGCCGAAGCACAGGUGCCUGGAGAAGGAGGAGGUGAAGCCAGGACCCGUGCCUAAAAAUAUGGGAUGGAUGUACUGCGCUAAAUCUUCUCCUCGGUUUCAGCAAAGAUGUGGUUGGCGGCCCGGCCAUAUUUCCUGCACAGUACUCCGCCGAAUCGAAGCCCACAACGGCUCAAGAGAAAUCUGCGCCGUCUGCCCGUCGAGAUGCUCAAGCAGACCUUGCCCAUCUAGAUGCUCAUCCAGAGCCAUCUGCUCCCGUCCUUGCUCCAGGCCUUGCCUAAAACCCUGCUUCCCGCCGCCUUCUUGCUCUGGACCACCUUGCCCAGCUGGAAUGCCGCUAAUCAGAAUCGUGAGACACGGAGGUAAAUACAAAAUAUGCACAAAGCCUUCUAACCUCGACAAUUCGCCUUCCGGCCCGUAUCCUCUGAAAUACGUACUGAACGCCGACGCCGACACUUCGUCGACAACGAAAUUUAGCAUCGAGGCGAAAUUUAACGAUUAUCAAUAUGAUUGCACGAGCUCGCAGACUUCGUUUAUAUUAGACUUCAGUCCACCGCCGACGUCAUGCGCGAGACCUUGCCCGAAGAGGAGUAUUUUAUGCAUGUAUGGACAGUGCGCCAGUUCCUGGCCGCCUGGAGCAACCGAUGAUGAUGGAUCUAAACCCCAACAAAACGAUCAUACCAAACACAAGACAGAUCCUGCUGUCAGCACCACCCAUAAAAGUGUUGCAAGUGGUGACAAACGUGUGUCAGACUACAUGUCCAACACUGCCAAGACUGGCCCCAAACGUGAUCCCAGUGCUGAUAAUUGUGUCGCAGACUACAACAAUUCGAAAGUAAAAAUAAAUACAUAG